UAUCGCGAGAAGGAAAUGAAUAGUAUCCCAGGAGAUAAAUGAUGUGAGACAUGAAAAACGAGAAAAAUAAACAUUAGUUAGUGGACGUAUUCCGUACCGGCUCUGUUUCCGUUGCGAAGCAGUGAGUGAGCGUACGUGGUUCUUUAUGCUCCUGUUAAUCUUUUGGUUGGUAUCAAAGAUGGUCAAGUUGCAGCGGCGAGGGGGUUGUGAGGACUGACCAGCCUUGAGGCGUACCGCAGUAGGAUAUAGUGUGCAGGAAAGACGCCGGGUAUCACUCGGGCAGCGGUGCGCCUCUUGUGUCCAGAGUGUAGUCACAGAAAUCUGCAUUUGCCGUGGAAGAGGGAGACUGCCUGCAGGCAGUGCCACCCAAAUGCGCUGUUAUCUUGUAAGCUCAUUCAUAUGUUACAGAUUACUGGCAGCCUAACAUAAUUACGCAACUUCUACAGUCUAAGAAGAAAAGAAAUGGACGAACAAAGUGUGGAGAGCAUUGCUGAAGUUUUCAGGUGUUUUAUUUGUAUGGAGAAACUACGUGAUGCACGACUCUGUCCGCAUUGCUCCAAGCUUUGUUGUUUCAGCUGUAUUCGGCGUUGGCUUACAGAGCAACGGGCGCAGUGUCCACACUGCAGAGCUCCUCUUCAGCUUCGAGAGUUGGUAAACUGCCGUUGGGCUGAAGAAGUUACUCAGCAGCUUGAUACACUGCAGCUUUGUAGCCUUUCCAAGCAUGAAGAGAAUGAAAAAGACAGAUGUGAAACUCAUCUUGAGAAGCUGAGUGUAUUUUGCUGGACCUGCAAGAAGUGCAUCUGCCACCAGUGUGCUCUUUGGGGAGGAAUGCACGGAGGCCAUACUUUUAAACCAUUAGCAGAAAUCUAUGAACAGCAUGUCACAAAAGUGAAUGAAGAAGUAGCAAAACUGAGGCGGCGACUCAUGGAACUCAUCAGUCUUGUCCAGGAAGUGGAAAGGAAUGUUGAGGCAGUUCGCAGUGCGAAGGAUGAACGUGUUCGGGAGAUCAGGAAUGCAGUAGAAAUGAUGAUUGCACGACUGGAUACACAGUUGAAGAAUAAGCUCAUAACACUAAUGGGUCAGAAGACCUCACUUAUGCAAGAAACAGAGCUAUUGGAGUCUUUGCUGCAGGAAGUAGAACAUCAGUUGCGGUUAUGCAGCAAGAGCGAGCUAAUCUCCAAGAGUUCAGAGAUACUGAGCAUGUUCCAGCAGGUUCACCGCAAACCAAUGGCUUCAUUUGUCACUACACCUGUCCCACCAGACUUUACAAGUGAAUUGGUUCCUGGCUAUGACUCAAGUACAUUUGUUUUGGAAAAUUUCAGCACUUUACGACAGCGAGCUGAUCCAGUGUACAGCCCCCCUCUUCAAGUAUCUGGAUUGUGCUGGAGGUUGAAAGUUUAUCCGGAUGGCAAUGGAGUGGUACGUGGCUGCUAUUUGUCUGUGUUCCUGGAACUUUCAGCAGGCUUACCAGAAACAUCCAAGUAUGAGUACCGUGUGGAAAUGGUUCACCAAUCUAGCAAUGACCCUACUAAAAACAUAAUUCGAGAAUUUGCAUCUGACUUUGAGGUUGGGGAGUGCUGGGGCUACAACAGAUUUUUCCGACUUGAUCUGCUUGCUAGUGAAGGAUAUUUGAAUAGACAGAAUGACACAGUAAUUCUCAGGUUCCAAGUACGUUCUCCUACAUUCUUCCAGAAGUGUCGUGAUCAGCACUGGCAUAUUAGUCAGCUAGAGGCAAGCCAAACGAGUUAUAUCCAGCAAAUUAACAACCUUAAGGAGAGACUUGCAAUUGAACUAACCCGUAAUCAGAAGUUGCAAGGUGUGUCCACACCUGAUACUCGACUCAGUCCUCAGAGUGCUGAUGGUCGUGACUCACGCCCAAAGAAAUCUCCAUGUGUUGCUGAGGCUCUUUUACAAGGAGUGACCACUGUACCAGUAAGUGAAACAAGAGAAGAAAAGGAGCUGGAGAUAAAGAAUCACCAAGAGGAAUUAGAUGGACUUCUUGAUGGUGAUCUUGAUGUUGGUUUUGUGGGUGAAGAGGAGGUCAACCAACUAGAUGGAAAUAGCUCCUCUGCCAGUUCUACAGCAACUAGUAACACUGAAGAAAAUGACAUUGAUGAGGAGACCAUGUCAGGAGAGAAUGAUGUUGAAUAUAGCAGUAACCUGGAGUUGGAAGAAGGCGAGUUGCUGGAUGAUGCAGCUGGAGCAGCAGGGUAUAGCCUUAGUUUUACAAAUGGCAAUGGCAGAUCUUUAAGACGAGGAGUUGGAGGAGCCAGCUCAACUUCAGUGGCCAGCAGCAGUCUUUUAGAGAUUGACCCACUUAUUCUUAUCCAUUUUCUGGACCUGAAGGAGAGGAGCAAUAUGGAAAGUCUGUGGGGUUUGCAGCCACGUCCUCCUUCCUCAUUCUUGCAGAGUACAGCUUCUCAUUCCCGUAAGGACAGGGACCAGCGAAAGCAACAAGCUAUGUGGCGCGUUCCUCCUGAUACAAGAAUUCUAAAAAAGCUAAAAUCUCAGAUGGCUGAAGUUCGAAGUAAAAUGUCUGAUAUGAAACAACAGAUUUCUGAAGUGCGGCAAAGCAGUGCUGCAUCCUGUGGUGAGCCUGGUCCAAGUGCUGCUGGUUUCCCUGAUCAUAGCCCUACAGUAACAUGCGGAGUAGAGAACUGCAGAUUUUUACAUGAACUGGGUGUGGAACUGCUUACAAAAGGAGCAGUAGCUAAUGCUUAUGCAAGAAAUGUUAAGAAAAAUGUAUCACCAAUGUGCAGUCGUUCUGGUGCAGCCAGCAGUCUUUCACUUCGCAGAGCAAUGGAUUUCGGGGAGAACAUCCACAAUGCAAAGGAAGAAAGUCCCUGUUCCUCAGAAGGAGGAUCAAAACCCAACAGUAGACAUGGCUCUCCAAAGUCUCAAGCAAACUGUAAUAGUCCUGAGGGAUUAUUGAAUGCUAAAUCAACAGAAGAAAAUGCAGAAUCUGCCAGGGCAGAGGGCUUCAGUGCAACAGGUUUGAAUGGCUUGAUGCCAUUGGAGAAAACAAGAAAAAUCCUUUCUUUAGGGUCAAAUACCAAGGUCUGUCAUACAGUCGGUGUCCAGGCAAGUAAAUCAGAAGAUAAUGCUGAAAUAAGUGAAAGGCACAAUGUAUUACUUGAAGGAGCUGCUGCUUUGCCGGAAAAAGCGAGUUGUCAGAAGCAUGUUGUCCACUUGCUUGCAGACGUCAGUAGUGACAGUGAGAUAGAAUGUGAUACAGACAAUGAACAGGAUGAUUCCAGCCCAAAUGACUGGUGCAGUUCAAGAGAAGCCCCUUCUCAUAUAGAAGGUGAUCAGAACAAUUCAGAGGAACUUUUUUUCACAGUAGAGGACAAUGAAAGGUAAUUCUGCUAAUAAGAUGUGGUACGAGGAAAAUCCCCUUUGAUAUAAGAGUAUAAAAGGAAUGGAAUUCUGUAAAGUCUGAGAUAAAGAUCCAAGCUAAAAAGUGAAAGAAUUGUUUGGACCAUCUCUUCUGCUACGUCUUCAUUGUAUUCCUCCAGUGUUGAAUAAGCUGAGAAUUGCAUUGAGAGAGUUUUUGUGACAUCUUUGAUACACUGCACUGAAACACUGAAAUGCAGUUUGUUUGCUGGUUUUCCUAACAUUUCAGCUGUCAUGUUUUUAUUUAAAUUUAAGAGUUUAUUAGCUCUAUCUGCAGAACGCACUGUAAAUUAAUUCUGUAAGAGGGUGGAGCAGCUGACUAUAACCAGCUACACAUCUGUUUUCGGAAUAACUAAAUAUUCAUGAAGAAAACAACUUGAAGUCACUUCCUGCUGAUUCCUUUUUUUCUUCAUUUGCAUAUGGUGAUAAAUUAUUGACUUGUCUAAUAUAUAAAAUAAGCUGGCUAUUUGUAUCUACUUUUGUAAAAACCUUGAAUGUGAUUUUUUUUUUCUUAAUUUGGAAAUUCUACAGAUGUUAUAGCAACCCUAAGCCUGAUUUUAUUCUGCUUUAUUUAAAAUGUUCCAAGUGUUACAUACUUAAAGGAAAAAGUAAAGGCUGUUCUAUGGACUGAGAGGCUGUCUUUACUUCCCUUUCCUGUAUCUUUGACACAGUUAAAAUCAGUUAAAAUUCUUUCUUUAAAAUGUUUACCUCAUUUACAUGGUGGUAAAAAUGCUAAACUCAUUUGUAAAGUAUGCUUCAGAAAAAAAAAUCCAGACCAUUAACAAAACCACAUACUUUUAACACGCACGUAGUAUUACAUACUGACUGUAAGCAUGAAUUUUUAAAUGCAACUUCAUGAUAUGAGCUUCAGUAAUAACUCUUCUUGUAUUUGUAUGUCUUUGUUUAUAAAUUUUUAUGUAUUUGUUUUGUCAGUUAUGUUUUCCACCAGUGUAGUUUUCAUUGUUUAAUGUCCGCACUUGUUUUUAAUGUUAGUAAUAAAACAGGAACGAUGUGCUCUUUUGGGAGGAACAUGAUCUUAUGUUUGCAUUUGGAAGACUAUUUUUGAAGUGGCUGUUGCGGUAUGAAACACUAUUUGUUUAGUAUGUAACUAGCUAGUGUACAGAAUGCUCUUCCUGAGAAUAUUAGAUGCAUAAAUUUCAUGAAUUCAAAGCAAAAAUAAACAUCUUGUUGCUCAGUA